AUGGCCGAGUUCCCUUCGAAGGUGCACCUCAACUCCCACCCCAUCUGCCUGAGGAUCCGUUGGCCCUCGGUGUACCAGGACGAGAAGCAGCGCACGUGGCUGCACCUCGUCAUGGAGACAGGAGGUGUCCUGCAAGUACGGUUGCGGCAGGAAGACAUCCCCAGUGGGCUUAUUGCACUCACCACCUGCCCGCUAACCGCGAGCACCAUGCCUUUGUUGUGGACGUGCCACCUUGGCAGCCAGUACCUGGACUCCAUGGGCCGGUUCUGGCGCAUCGUGCACCACAUCAAGGAGAAUGGCAUAGAGGAAAUGAUCCUUGAGCUGAAGGAAGACUCGUAG